ACAGUCGAAGAGUCAACAGUCUGAAAGAUAUUAACUAAAAUUCGGACUUUGUGUUAAUUCUUUCAUUAAAUUAUGUCGAAUUGAGAAAAUUAUUAUCUGAUAGCCUUAACAGUAAUUCAAGUAUAAUUAAUCGUCGUAACAAUGAAUGUCAUAGCAGCAGGAAAGGCAUAUAUCAAUAAAAUGACUGAGGAAAGUGAACCAGGAAUGAAAGUUUUAAUGAUGGAUAAAGAAACAACUAGUAUUGUCAGUAUGAUUUGUAGUCAGUCAGAGAUUCAACAGAAAGAAGUAUAUUUGGUUGAAAGGAUUUCAGAUUCACAAAACCAAAAUAACACAAUGGCACUGAGAUACUUGAAAUGCUUAGUUUUCUUAAGACCCACCACUGAAAACAUCAAAUUAUUAUGUUAUGAAUUAACAAGACCAAAGUAUGGUUCUUAUUAUAUUUAUUUUAGUAAUAUAAUAGCGAAGGCAGAUAUUAAAGUUUUAGCAGAGCAUGAUGAACAAGAAGUAGUAAAAGAGGUACAAGAAUUAUACAUGGAUUACUUAGCUGUCAACCCACAUUUAUUUUCAUUAGGUUUAAACUGCCCAAUAAAUGAUCUUACUUGGAAUGUGGAUGCUCUACAAAGAAGUGUUGCAGGUGUCAUCUCUGUACUUCUAUCUCUCAAAAAAUGUCCAUUAAUUCGGUAUCAGAAUAAUUCCAAACUAUGCAAAGAGCUUGGAAAAAAAAUAAGUGAUAUUAUAAGUAAAGAAAGUACUUUAUUUGCAUUUGGACAGAGUAGUCAGUCAUUAUUAUUAAUAUUAGAUCGACGAGAUGAUCCUAUAACACCAUUGUUGAAUCAAUGGACUUACCAAGCCAUGGUUCAUGAACUAUUAACCAUUUAUAACAAUAGAGUGAAUUUAUCUAAAGUCCCAGGUAUUUCAAAAGAACUAACAGAAGUAGUCCUUUCUGCUGAGCAAGAUGCAUUUUAUGCCAAAAAUAUAUUUUUGAAUUAUGGUGAGAUAGGUCAAAACAUAAAACAACUGAUGGAACAAUUUCAGAUGAAAGCGAAGAGUCAUCAGAAAAUUGAAAGUAUAGCUGAUAUGAAGAAUUUCGUAGAUGCCUAUCCCCAAUUCAAAAAACUCUCAGGAAAUGUUACUAAGCAUGUGACUGUUGUUGGUGAACUUAGUUCUAUGGUUAAUAAAUACCAUUUGCUGGAUGUUUCAGAGGUAGAGCAAGAAAUCACAUCCCAAAAUGAUCAUUCAAGCCAUUUACAAGGUAUCAAGAAAUUGAUAGCAAAUGAUAAAAUUAGACCACUUGAUUUGGUCAAACUGGUUAUUCUCUAUGCUCUCCGAUAUCAAAACCAUGCGAACAAUGAAGUUGUAGGUUUGAUUGAUAUGUUGAAAAAAAGGAAUAUUUCUAAAAAUCUUUUGUCAAAUAUCGCUUAUGUGCUAGAAUAUGCUGCAUCAAUCACAAGACAGAAUGAUUUGUUUAAUGUUGAGGAAGCUGUGAAAAUAACAAAGAGAUUUUUCAAAGGAUUAAGUGGAGUUGAUAAUGUGUAUACCCAGCAUAAGCCACUGCUGCAAGAAACAUUGGAAGAAAUAGCAAGAGGAAGAUUGAAGGAAAAUUUAUAUCCUUGUAUGGGAUUCAAUAAUAACAGUAAUCGUUGUCAAGAUAUAAUAGUAUUUAUGAUUGGUGGAACUACCUAUGAAGAAUCUCUAGUUGUGCAUUCCUUCAAUCGUAACCAUCCUGGCUUCAAUGUUUUGCUUGGAGGGACUUCAAUUCACAAUUCCAAUAGCUUUUUAGAGGAAGUUAAACAAUCUGUUCUAAACAUUCCUAAGAAAAGCUCAAGAAAAUUCAGAAAUCUUGAGUGCCAGUAAUAUAUUAGCACGUCAAUGUGGUAAAUUGUAUUUAUAAUGUUAAAUAUGUAUCAAACACUUAUUUAAUCUUAUUUAUUAGUUGUAUUUAUCAUUCCAUAGAGGCUUUUUCUCAGAACAAUUUGAAUAUCAACUGUGUAAAUAAUUAUGUAUCAUAUGAUAAACGAAAAUAUAGUAUGAAAAUGGAAA